UUCAACAUGCUGACAUAUAAGCUUCACGUGCUCAGUGACUAUGUGAAAUCAAUCUGGCUGUAUGGGACAACAGACAACUACUCGAUGCAAGUUCAGCAUCCCUCUCUUCACUUUGUUGAUCAAGAACCAUUACCCUACUGUUCACCAGAAUCUCAUUACCAAGUCUCAACCUCAAAAAAAUUCCAUUGGGAUAUCUCUGCAUGGCUUGGCAAACACACUGAUGAUAUUGCCGUUCAUGACUUCCUCCCACACCUCAAAGAACAUGUCUUGGGAUGCCUACUCGGUAAUCAAUAUGAAGGUGAUGAAAUGCAGUUCAUGGCAGCACAGCAGAACUCAAUUCACAUCAUCAAUAAUCAAAUUUAUCAGCACAAAGUUCUUCACAUUAAGUACACUACCUAUGACCUCAGUCAAGCUCAAGACUCUCUCAAUCCAUGUACACGAGCUGAUGUAAUGGUCCUCGCACAUGAAGAUGAGAAUGAGAAUCUGCAUCCAUACUGGUAUGCUCGAGCCAUCGGAAUUUUUCAUGUCCUUGUUCAGCAUAAUGGGCCUGAGUCCCAAAGCUCCACACCACAGUGAAUUGACUUGCUUUGGGUUUGAUGGCUCAGGCGUGACUUGACUUAUCCCUCAUGUUGGGCAGCAAAACAUCUCCCUCAUGUCAGAUUCCUAGAUGCAGAUGAUCCCUCUGCAUUCAGAUUCAUAGACCUGAUGCAUGUGGUUCAUGGCAUGCAUCUAAUUCCAGUGUUUGCAUGUGGAGG